ACUGUUGAAUGACCCUCAUGGAGCAACGCUUUAAUUUAAUUUUUAAGCACUGCAUUCUUUCCCUGAUAGUUUUUUUUCAAAUUAAUGCAAUCAAACGUAAUCCUUUAAAUAGAAAGACUGUGCCUGCAAUGUAUACCAUUGGCUGAAUACUGAAACCUAUUCUAUGAUAAACAAAUGUCAACAAAUGUCAACAGUGAGAGAAUGUCAAAGGCUAACAAAACUCUCUGGGAAAGAAGGGAUCUGGAUGGGGCACCAUUUGUAAAGUACAGAUAAUUUCCUCCAUUUUAUUCUAUUGCUGCGAGAGGUUCAAAACAACUCAAAGAAUGGACGUUGAGUGGGUGACGAAGUUUUUGCUCUUGCACUUAUUUCUACAUUCGUGCACUCUGUCAACCCAUCGCACUGCCUCCGACAGUUGCACAACCCACAUCAUCUUGCCAGGGCCUGAAGGUGAACAUGGUGAAAAGGGUGAUCUUGGUGAACCUGGAAAAACAGGAAAACAGGGACCUGCUGGAUCAAAAGGAUUGAUUGGCGAGCCUGGACAGAAAGGAGAAAUUGGACAAAGAGGUAAAAUUGGUCCAAUUGGCGCAAAGGGUGACAAAGGAUAUAGAGGGUUGCCAGGAUCUCCAGGAAUGAAAGGACAACCAGGACGCUUCUGUGAUUGUGGACGAUACCGCAAAGUAGUCGGACAAAUGGAUAUCAACAUAGCUCGUCUGAACAGCACAAUGCGCUUUGUAAAGAAUGUAAUUGCAGGCAUCAAAGAGACUGAAGAGAGAUUCUACCUGAUUGUAAAGGAAGGGAAGAAUUACAAUGCUGCACUUGUGCACUGCAAAGUCAGAGGAGGGUCACUAGCAAUGCCAAAGGACGAAGAAACAAACUCAUUGAUUGCUGCCUACGUGAAUAAGACUGGCUUAUCACGAGUGUUUAUUGGUGUGAAUGAUUUGGAAAAGGAAAGGCAGUUCAUGUACACUGACUCCACCCCCCUGCAGAAUUACAGCCAUUGGAGACCUGGAGAACCCAACAAUGCCUUUGGUGGUGAAGAUUGUGUAGAGCUGGUGAGUGAUGGAGGAUGGAAUGACGUGGAGUGCCAUCUCACCAUAUAUUUUGUCUGUGAAUUUUUAAAGAAAAAUUCAUGAUCUAAUCUACCUAUCACCGACUAUAAUUGUCAUUGCUGAUGUCAGAUGUUCUCUGCGUCUGUUCAUAUCUUGUAGUGGGUUCAUAGUUCAGAACAAUUAUUUAGCUCUACUGAUUGUAUAUCAACUCAUAAAACUGUGUACAAUAAUCUUCAAUUUAAAAGUCAAAUAUUGGUAGAAAACAUUGAUGAGAAAAGUACACUCUGAUCUAUAAUGUUGUUGUUUUGGGCAUUUUGUAAAAGUAUGCUUUGUAACGUAAUAAAGAAUAAUCCAGUAUUCAA